AUGGUGAGUCAUACACACUGCUUCCUCAGAACCAGAAAGUUAAUUCAUAAUAGAAUUCUAUUCCACAAUCUCUCUCUCUCGCUCUCUCUUAUUUUUCUCACAUACCUUUCUCUCUCCCCGUCUAUGUGUGUGUGUGUGUGUGGUGUGUAUCCUGUAGUUCCAUAACCUCCAGGAGUUGAGGCACAGUGCAUCUCUGGCCAACAAGGUGUUCCUCCAGAGAGACUACAGUGAAGGGACCACCUGCCGCUUCCAGACCAAGUUCCCUGCAGAGCUGGAGAGCAGGGUGGGUAGUCUCUAACACACACACACACACACACGCACACACGCACACACACACACACACACACACACACACACACACACACACACACACACACACACACACACACACACACACACACACACACACACACACACACACACACACACACACGCACGCACACACACACACACACACACAGUAAUGGCUGAAAAGACAGCCGAGUGUUUAUCUCUCUGUCAGAUUGAGCGGACGUUGUUUGAGGACACAGUGAAGACGUUGAAUAACCACUAUGCGGAGGCAGAGAAGAUCGGAGGCCAGUCCUACCUGGAGGGAUGUCUGGCCUGCACUACAGCCUACGUCAUCUUCCUCUGUAUGGAGACACGCUAUGAGAAGGUGAGACCGGGCUAAACCACCACAUUAGGACCUCAGUAAGACCACAAUAUAAACAUGGUAGAACCACAUGGUAGAACCACAGUAGAACCACAUGGUAGAACCACAGUGGAACCACAUGGUAGAACCACAGUAGAACCACAUAGUAGAACCAUACAGUAGAACCACAACAUGAUCACACCAGGAUUUGGUCCUCAUGAUGGCAAUGAGGCCCAACAUGUCUGUUUUCAAUGAGUUGACCUCCUCUCUCUCUCUUUCUUACUUUCUGUAUGUUCCUGACUUUCUGUCAUACUCUGUCUCCCUCUCUUUUUGUUCUUUCUUUCUCUCUCCCCGCCUCUCUUUCGUCUUGCUCUUUCUGUUCUCUCUCUCUCUCCCCCUCUCUCUCUCUCUCUCUCUCUCUCCCCCCCCUCUCUCUCUACCUCCCCCCCAGGUGUUGAAGAAGAUAGGCAGGUACAUCCAGGAGCAGAAUGAGAAGGUCUAUGCCCCCCGAGGUCUGCUGAUCACUGACCCCAUUGAGAGGGGCAUGAGGGUUGUAUCCUUACUGCUACUACUGCUGAUGUGGUGUCAGAGAGUAGAAGAGAGAGAGAGAGAUAGAGAGAUAGAGCGAGAGAGAUAGAGAAUGGGAGAUGCGAGAGAGAGAGAUAGGAUGAGAGCAGGUGCGGUCUAGCUCGCUUCUCCUCGUUGCGUUCUGCCGCGCUCUGCCUCUCUCGCGCUCUCUCUCUGCUCGCUCUCUUCGCUCUCUCUCCUCGCUCCUCGCUCUCGCUCUUCGCUCUCUCUCCUCUCUCAUCUCUUACUCGCUCGCUCUCUCCUUCCCGCGCUCGCGCUGCCUUCGGCUCCCUCUCAGCUCGCGUUUUCGCGAGCUCUCCGUUGCUCGCGCGUUGCCGCUGUUUCCGACUGCGAGACUGUGCUCGUGCCACUAUAUAUGUAGGCUCCCAAGAUAAGGAUCUUGUACACAGUGUAUGUGUGUGUAUUAAUGUGUGUAUUGGAUAGACCCAGCCACUCCCUAUCGGAGUGUGUUCCUUCCUUUAACCCCGUCCUGUCCAGAUAGAGAUCUCUAUCUAUGAGGACCGAGGCUCCAGUGGCUCCUGCUCAGGCUCCAGCUCUACAUCCGGCAGCAGUGCUCGGUGACCGGGUACAAGUCACCUCCUCGCCCCUCCUGGUCCCUGGAACUCUACACCCAACCGCAGUGUUCGGUGACUGGGUACAUGUCACCUCUAACCCCCCUGAUCCCUGGAGCUCUACCCUCCCUGGUCACUUAGAGAACCACCCCGACAGCAUUGCUUGGUGACUGGGUAGGCCUCACCUCCUCGCCUACCACAACCACAAUGGCCCUGACCACAACAAACUGGAGCUGACUGACUAGACACUCGAUUGCAACUGAACCACAUGGAUCGGAUCAAGCCGAAUCUAUCAAUGUUGUGGAAUACUGAUGAUUCAAAAUUACAUUUAGGAUACCUCCCAAAUGGCACCCUUUUCGGACACUGUUUUUUUAAAAAAGACACUAGAUAGGGAAUAGGGUGGCA